AAUUAAAAAAGAAAAUUAACUUGUCCAGUCUUGGUAAUGAUAGAUAUGAUAUACAUUCAGCCUGUGGCAAUUAGAGAAUUCUGCGACCCGGGGGUCCAGAGUACUUAAAUGAACAAUGCGUACGGCACUGAAGAAGGCAUCGUUCGCUCCGAACGCUGGUCAGCGCUGGCGUUCGGCGGAGUCUGCAAUAAACAAACUCUGAAAGAUCUCCAGGUAAAGAAAAAAAAAAAAAGACCGAUAUAUACAUCCGAGACUCUCUUUCACCUGCUGCAACUACGAUCGCGGAGGUUUGUUAAGGAGUUCGCGCGUCGCACUGUCACCGUUAGUUAUUGAGGCGAGCGCCGCGAGCUGUAAGUGAGCUAUCAGUGAGCUGUGAGUUGUGAGAGCAACUGUCGAGCAACACCGCGGAGAUGGGCAGUACGGACAAGGCCGUGAUUACGGGAUUUAUAUGUAGGCUCUGCAGUAAGAUGAAUCGCUUCGUGAUCCACAUCUAUGGAGAAGAAGGUGAAAGGAUGAAACUCGCUGAGAAGAUAAACACUUAUCUGCCGAUCACGGUAAACAUGAAUGAUCCAUUGCCAAAGACUGCGUGUUUACAUUGCAUUGAACGACUAGAGGCUCAUCACGAGUUAAUGGAACAAAUCAUGUUCACCAGGAGGAGAUUAAAUACUGACAAUAAAGCGACCGCAGUGGCAUCCUCUUCUGCAACAACUGUAGAUACAGUCCCAACAUCUAGUCCACCUCCUUGUUGACAUGUGCAAUGGAAAAUAGUAUAUCCUUUCGCUCAAUGCGCCAUUCGCGAAGAUUGGAUGAUAUCUGUAUAAUUUUUCAUUUCAUUUCAACUAGUAGUUAGUGAGUGAAAUGUGUAAAGAAAAUGACAAAGUGAAAUAAUGUGCGAUUACAUUUUCUAUAUAAUGCGAUAUUUUUAUGUUACAUGAUUUCUAUUACUCGUUUCAGUGAUAAGUAUUCUUUCUAAAAAAAACUGUUCGAUGCCAAUAUUCAUCGUUUCCAAGGAAACAAAAUCAAAGUCAAAAAUGUGAAGAAAGUUUCAAUGAGAUAAAAAUAUAUUUUUUAUGUAAUGUUAUUAUAUUAUUUUAUAUAAUGUUAUAUAGACAGCAUUUUUUCAAUUUGAUGCGGAAAUUUAUGAGAUUACAUUGAGUUUUUUCUUGCUGAUCUAUAAUUAAUAAACAAAUUAAUUUUCGAGAUAAUAUUUUAAAUGUAAAUUCUGGGAAAGCGCAAUAUUGUCGAAAUAAUUGAAAAAAAAUGCAUACACAUAUGCGUAUAUAUUUAUUGUAGAGAUGUAUAAGAUAUCUGAGAUAUCUAUUUGUGUAAUUUUAAUAUUCAAGAAUUUUGUAGAAUAGUAUGUAUUCUAAUUAAUUGUAAACUUCUGGAAAGAUUUACUUUUGAAUACAAAUUUCUUUUAUUUCUUAAUUAUUAAAAAUAUACUCAAUUUUUAACAUACAAAAAUAUAACAUUCUCUUUAUACACGCAAUAAAAAAACUGAAUGUGAAAUAGUAAAGCAAAGUAAUAUGAAAGUACAUUCUGAGAUAUGUCGUAUUAAAAGGGAUAGUAUUGGAUUAGAUUAUUGAUUUGAUGCAUUUACAUAAAACUUUGAUGAGAAGAAAACAAGUGUGCAAUUUAAAACAUUCUUGAUCUUGACUAGAAACAAGAACAAUAAAUAUGUUGAGAGCAAAUUAAAAAACAUUGGAAACAUUAAGUUUAACUGAAUUCGUUUUGCAAAAUUUAAAUUUUAUGUUUGUUAUUUUCGAGAUAUUAUAUGUUUAUUUCAGUUAGAUAAUGUUUCAUUAUUUAUAAUUUCGUUUUGCUAGUUCGAUACUCGAUAUCCAAUACAUCUCUUAAUGAAUGAUAAUAUAUACUAUAUAUUAUUUUAUGUAUCUUACAAUAAAUUUUCUUUAAAAAUAUUUUAGAAAUUCUUUAACUGUUAUUAAUAAGAUACCGUUAUAUCUUCAAUGUAUCAAUUCUACUGGUGUACAAAGAUAUACAUAUAUUAUACUCCUGAAAAACAAUCUCUACACAAUAUCAUAUUGUAUAAUGUAGAAAUUUUCUAUAGAAAAUUAAAACAUGUAAAAUUAAAAUAUAAAAACUUAAACUUGUAAUGCAUAUAAAAAAUGAGUCAUGUAUUUUUAGUCAGUUGAUUCUUACUCUCAAUGAAAUUUUUCGCUAUUUGCUAUGUUGACACAAAGACAAGUGAUAAAAGGAUAUUGUAUAUUGUGUAUUAUGUCUGUUAUCGAUGGUGCAUUAUAUUAAUCGCGUUUAUAAUCGAAAAAGUGGUAACGUUAUUAUUCAAAUAAGUACAAAUAAGUACAAUAACAUAAAUAUUUAUAUAAUUAUAUGAUGUAUUGUAUUAACACACAAAAAAAGUUUUGCGUUUUACACAAUUUACACAGAUCUUGAUCUGUUCAUCUUUGUUUGCAAGCCAUAAUGUAAUAAAUAAUAUAUGUAACAGAUUUUAAGUA